UCAUUUCGACGGGACAGUUUUGAAACUUUCUCUCUCGCCCCCGACCCAACGAAACCCUAGAAUCCCUUCCGAGCUCGUCCUCCUCCUCCUCGUCCUCGUCGGAGAAGAAGAAGAGGAUGCUAAGGGUCUUCGGGAGGAGGCUCGGAUCGCUCUCAUGGCGACCGAGCCCCGCCGCAGCCUCCUCGGCCCUCGCCUCGGCGAAUCCGACGAUGCACGACGAUCCCUCCGUCUCUAAGAGUGAUUCGGAUUCGCGCCCCUUCUCCGCUCCCCGAUUCGCCUUCGAAUCGAUCCUUCUCGGCUCGUCGAGAGGUUUUGCAACUGAAUCUCUCAUCCCGAGAAAUCAGGAUCUCGACUUAUCUGAUCUUCCUGCAACCAUUUCCGCCACGAAGAACCCAACCUCGAAAAUCCUCUAUGAUGAGCACAACCACGAGAGGUACCCCCCUGGGGACCCCAGCAAGCGCGCCUUCGCCUACUUUGUCCUGACGGGCGGCCGCUUCGUCUACGCCUCUUUACUGCGCCUUUUAAUCUUGAAGUUCGUGCUGAGCAUGUCCGCCAGCAAGGACGUGCUCGCCCUUGCUUCCCUCGAGGUCGAUCUCUCCAGCAUCGAGCCCGGAACUACUGUUACAGUUAAGUGGCGGGGUAAGCCUGUGUUCAUCAGGCGGCGGACCGAAGAAGAUAUUAAUCUCGCGAACAGCGUCGAUCUCGUAUCCCUGCGGGACCCGCAACCUGACGCUGAGCGGGUGAAGAACCCGGAGUGGCUGGUGGUUGUCGGCGUCUGCACUCAUUUGGGCUGCAUUCCAUUACCCAACGCCGGGGACUUUGGUGGCUGGUUCUGCCCUUGCCACGGUUCGCACUACGACAUCUCCGGAAGGAUCCGGAAGGGACCGGCGCCGUUCAAUUUGGAGGUUCCUACAUACAGCUUUUUGGAUGAGAACAAGUUGCUGAUUGGCUGAUCUCCGCCUAAUUCACGUCGGUGAUUGGUCGUUGUAAGACAGAAUCUUUAUUUGUUUGUUUCAGAUCGUUUAGUUUGAUGAUCUGCCAGUGCUGUGCUAUUCUUCUAGCCCUGAAUUCUGAAAUAAUUGCUACUAAAAGAUCAUUAAUUGUCAGCUUUUGGGAAUUUCCUUUUUUUAUCUGGUUGUAGCCUUCCUUGUUGUCAAUAUUAUGCCAUGCAAUUGAAGAGUAACAUGCUUGCUCUUGUUUUAUGAGCUUUUUUC